AAACAACUUAUCCACUUUACGGACAUACCAAAGCUUGGAAAAUGGCGGCGUUGGAGAUGGAGCUGUCAAAUAGAAAAUUUGUUUGAACAUAGUGACAUUAGAAACUAAAAUAACUGUCGAGCAAUAUGCCGUCGCAAAAAACACGGUCCAAGGAAGACACCUGGACACCUGAUGAAUUAAACAAAGCUCUUAGUAAGACAGGUGAAAGAAGACAUCACAGAGAUAGGGAUGAAGAUAGAAAGAAAGAAAAGGUUAAUGGAGAUAGACGUCAUAGAGAUGAUGAUGAUAGAAGACGCAGGCAUAAAGAUGAUGAUGAAAAAGGAAGAGAAGCCCGUUUGACAGAGGAGGAGCGUGAAAGACAGAGAGAGGAACGCAGACGUAAACGAGAGGGAAAAGAUGGUGGUAGCAGUAAAGACAAAAAGGGGAAAGAAAUCCAGUUUAGGGGUAAAUCAGACAACAGGGACAUAGAACUUAAUGACGUAGAGGAAAAUGGGUCAGAGGACCGUAGACGGCGUCAUCAUGGUGAUAGAGAGAGGCGGCACCAUGACGAUGAUGAUCGUGAAAGGCGUCGUCAGGAACGGGAACAACGACAUCGGGACGAAGAUGACGACAGAGAAAGACGUCGCAGACACAAAGAUGACGAUAAUGAUCGUGAUAAACGGAGAAAACAUCACGACGGAGAGGAUGACGGUCUAGAAAGACGUAGGAAACAUGACAAUGAUGAUAGAGAUAAACGAAGGAGACAUCAUAAUGAAGAUGAUGAGGAUGAAAGAGAGAGAAGAAGAAGUGAAAGGAGAAGGGAAAGAGAAAUGCAGGAGGAAGAGGAGAGGAGAAAAAGACAUGAGGAAAGGAAAGAACGAAGAAAAGAUGAAGAUAGAAAGAAGGAUCGAGAUAGAGAAAGGGGGGAUCGAGACAGGGACAGGGACAGAGGGGAAAGAGAUAAGGAUAGACAAAGAGAUAGGAAAGACAGGGACAGACAUAAAGAGAGUGAACAAGAGAAAGAAGAAAGACGGGAAAGAGAGAGAGAUGAACGAAGAAGAGAAAGAGAAGAUCGUCAUAGACAGAAAGAAGAAAAGAAACCAAAAGAAGAGGAAAAGAAAGAGGAAGAAGACGAAUACAAUUAUGAGGAAGAUUUUGAAGAUUAUGAAGAAGAUUUUGAAGAAGAUGAAGAUGAUGAACCAGUUAAUAAACCUAGAAAUGUUCAGCUAACCCAAACACUUGCACCACAGAAAACGAUUGUUCAUAAGUCACUUGUGAACAAGGAAUCGAUACACAAAAAGGAUCAAGGAGGAUCUCGCCUAGAUUAUUCAGAUUCAGAAAUGAACGAUGUUUUACGUGCAUUGGAUGCUGAGAAUGACAGAUUAUUGAACAGUUCAUCAAGAAGUCCCCAGGUGUCUGCUAAAUAUGGUAGAUCAAGGGAUCAGCAAGACUCGGACCAAGGUGAUGACAGUGACGAAGGCUACCAAAAAUCCUACCAACCUCGCAUGGAUCGCCCUCGUACCGCUAUUAAUUUUGUAUCGGCAAAACAGCGAGCAGUCAGCCGCAAGACAGCCAGCAAGACGAUGCAGCGUGGACAUGACUUGUUGAAAAUGUUGGAGCUUGAUUUUGCUAGUUUUGACAUCAUGGACAUGCCGCCAGUGAAUGAAUAUGAUCUCUACAUCAGGGCGUUCGGAAGUUCAGAUACUAGACAGGCAUAUGUACAAACAAAUGAUGAUAAUGUUGAUAAAGAUAUUCAAACAGAGGAGGUAGAUUGUAGACAGAAAUGGACACAGCAUCCUCCAGAAGACUUUAAAGGAUAUGGAAGGGGUGAUGGAGAGAAAGAUAUAGAGGAUGAAGAAGAAUCUCAGAGUAAAGUUAACAGGGAACAAGAUAUGGGCAGGCUGAAUAAAUUCCUGGAGAAAGCAGGGCAGGUGAUAGCUUUACUAUUGGAAGAGGGAAGGGAAGAUGAAAUGGAGUCUAAGGGUCAGAGUCAGACACAUAUUAAUGUUAGUGAGGGAUACACACAACUUGAUGUACAGCCUAUACUUCAAGGUAGGUUGAAACAAAUUGCUAUUAUUAAAAUUUAUCUUAGAUGUCCAUGGUAUAAACAACAAUAUAUACUUCAUGGGGGGCUUAUAAACAAAAUAAUCGUCAUGUGUGAUAUUGUUUUCGCAUUUCUCACCUGUACAACCAAACUUAUUACUUUAACAGUAUAUAUCAAAGUCCACCAUCUCAGAACGAUGAGUCAUAUUCAUCUCAGAUACCCUACAUAUGAUACAGCUUGUGUUUUGAAAGAAGAGAAUCACCAUAGUCCAGUUACCUCGAUUCUUCCAAUAUAUUCUUAUAUAAAUACGAAAAAAGUUUUAAAAAGAAUUCUUCUUUCAGAUACCUCUUCCGGACUGUCAUUCCAACUGGUGUCUACAGAAGAAAGUGCUGUUUUACAUUUUUGGGUUGUGGCAGAGAUAGGCUUGCCUGACAUAGCUGGUUCAGAAAGUGAUUUGGGGCUCGCACCAGGGGCUGGGGUAAAAUUGCUCAAAAGUUCUUCAUUGACUAUGAGUAGCCCAACCAAAGAUGCCAGGUUACAGUCUGGACUGAGAGCAUUAGAUAUGUCACUGAUGCCGAAUGAUCCAAAUCACUUUUAUGUGGCUACUGACUCUGGAAGCAUUUUACAUGGAAUUCGUUUUGGAAAAAGAACGUUUCCUCGUGCUCAUUCACCUGUGAUAGAUACCAUUGUUGAUGUUGUUUCUAUUGAUUUUUCACCUUUUGAUCAACCUUGUUUUCUCACUGGUUGUUCAGAUGGAUCAUUUUCAAUUUAUGACACAAAAUCAGAGAAUCCUUUGAUAACCUGGCCUUCAAUAACUAAAGGAAAAGCAGUACAGUGUGUAAGAUGGUCUCGCAGCAGAGCCUGUGUGUUUUAUGUGCUAGACGUUACAUCUACACUAUACGUGUUUGAUCUUCUAGAGGGAGAUGUUCAACCAAAAUAUAUUGAAACAAUUUCUAAAGAAAGGAUAACAAGUUUUUCUCUGACCACAGUCCAGAGACCAGAUGGUCUAGGAACCACUUGUAAAGAUGCACAAAUGCUGUUUAGUUUUGGGGAUGGUAAAAUGGAGGUUCACACUAUUACAAAGUCACUAAGCGUUCCGGAACAACUAGAGACUGACUAUCUUGGCAGUUACCUGCAAAGAUUCUGAUAGUUGUAAAAUCAUCAACAAAUAAUUUUAUUUUACAAGCAAAUUCUCACAAACAAAUCUCUCCAUAAAUCUCCAGUUCUGGAAGUACAAGUUCAGUGAACAGUAGAAUGUUGCAUUUUCAGAUACUGCCCCUGUGUUAAUAAUAAUGUUUUCAUUUUAUUUAAAAAUGAUUAUGAAAAAAAGGCAGUUAUACUAAAAAAGGGAGGCAAUUCUAUAAUCUCAGUUGUUGCUUUUUUAGCUCACCUGUCACUGACAGGGUGAGCUUUUGUGAUCACUUUUCGUCCGUCCGUCCGUCGUCCGUCUGUCCGUCGUCCGUAAACUUUUACUUUAAAUGACAUCUCCUCAUAGACCACUGAGCCAAUUUCAUCCAAACUUCACAAGAAUAUUCCUUUGGUGGUCACCUUUGAAAAUUGUUCAAUUUAAUUUAAUUUAAUUCCAUGCAGAACUCUGGUUGCCAUGGCAACCAAAAGAAAAAACUUUAAAUAUCUUCUUCUAAAAAACCCAAAGAGCUAGAGCUUAGAUAUUUGGCAUGAAACAUCUUCUAGUGAGUAUCUACCAAGUUUGUUCAAAUAAAAGCCCUGGGGUCAAAAUUGGCCCCGCCCCAGGGGGUCAUUGAUUUUCCCUAUAUGCAUAUAGUAAAAACUUAAAAAAUCUUUUUUUAAAGAACCCAAAGAGCUAGAGCUAAGAUAUUUAGCAUGAAACAUCUUCUAAUAGGUGUCUACCAAGUUUGUUCAAAUAAAAGCCCUGGGGUCAAAAUUGGCCCCGCACGAGGGGUCACUGAUUUUUCCUAUAUGCAUAUAGUAAAAACUUAAAAAUCUUCUUUUAAAGAACCCAAAGAGCUAGAGCUAAGAUAUUUAGCAUGAAACAUGUUCUAAUGAAUGUCUACCAAGUUUGUACAAAUAAGAGCCCUGGGGUCAAAAUUGGCCCCAGCCCAGGGGGUCAUUGAUUUUCCCUAUAUGAAUAUAGUAAAAACUUAAAGAGUCUUCUUUUAAAGAACCCAAAGAACUAGAGCUAAGAUAUUUAGCAUGAAACAUGUUCUAAUGUAUGUCUACCGAGUUUGUUCAAAUAACAGCCCUGGGGUUAAAAUUGGCCCCGCCCCGGGGGGAUAUUGAUUUUCCUUAUAUGUGUAUAGCAAAAACUUAAAAAUCUUCUUCGAAAAAACCCGAAUAGCUAGUGUUUAGAUUUUAAGCAUGAAACAUCUUCUAGUAAGUGUCUACAAAGAGUGUUCAAAUAAAAGCACUGGGGUCAAAACUGGCCCUGCCCCAGGGGUGUCAUUGUUUGUAAAUAUAUGUGCAAAAAAAAACAACUUAAAAAAACUUCUUUUAAAAAAACCCAACGAGCUAGACCUUAGAUGUUUAGCAUGAAACAUCUUCUAAUGGGUGUCUACCAAGUUUGUUCAAACAAAAGCCCUGGGGUUAAAACUGGCCCCGCUCCGGGGGCCUAUAUACAGGUGAGCGACUUCAGGGCCAUCAUGGUCCUCUUGUUUUAAUCUGUCACUCUGUCAUCAGUUAACAUUCCAUGCUCUCUUUUUCAAGGAAUUUUCAUAAAUGUUUUAGAAUCAGACAUUAUGUUAAGGUUACAAAAGUUAUAUUUAAAUGAGUGGUAGUGUUUGGAUGGAGAAAAACAGACUUUUAGAAAAUGUACAUAUACAUAUGUACAUAAAUGUCCAUUUCAGAGAUACAUUUUGAACUGCAACUGCUGAAAGAUACUUUAUUUGUUUAUUAUAAGAAAUAAGCUACAAAUUUUCCCUAAGAAAUUAUGUUAUUAUAAAUAGAGGCCAAGUCACAAACUUCUUUCUAUUUUAGAGUAAUUCAUUCAGUAUAUUAGUAGAAAAAUAACAUCUUAAAUCAGUUUAUAGUUCUUACAGAGUCUAAAAGUGAUUUAAUAAAGUGACUGAAGUAUUUUCAGCUCAAAAGAAUGUGAAUUGUAAAAAAAUAUUUUGAAAACAUUCCAUUGUAAAUGUUACUAUAAAUAGAUACUGUGAUAUCUUAAUUGUUAUGUAUAUACAUGUACUAGAGAUAAAUGUACUACUGCGUAGUGAUAUGACUGAGGUUCUUUACAUUUUACUUAUAUUCAAACAGAUAUCAAAUGCUAUUCCAUGGUUGAUCUUCUCAGAUUCAUGCUAGUUUUCAUGAAAAUUUUGAACUUAAAAUAUUGUGAAAUGAACAAAUUUACCCCAUAGAACCCAUGGAAAUUACUAAAUGAGGUCAAAAUAUGCAAAAAUAGCCCUUACUGCAUUACAUGGUGAAAAAUACUGCAAAAUUGGUCAUAAAACGCACAUAACAUGGAAAUUAUUACUUUUAUCUUGAAUCAUUUUACUUUCCUUAAAAUCUAAUAACUUUUUUUAUCAAGUUUGAUUUUUCCUAUAAAUGAAAAAAUAUUUUGGCUUAUCUGCAGCUUUAAUAUAUAAAGCAAACAUUUUGCCAUAGAUGAUUUUCCUUAUGGGCCUGAUUGCUAAAUUGCCAUAAUUAUGGGUUGUUUACUUGUAACAUAUUCAAGCUGUUUGUGUUAUUAUAAAAUCUCUGCAUGGUUCAUAAAAAACUUAUAAAUUUGAAUGCUGUGAUAUUUUUUUAUGUACAAAUGUAGUGUUAAAAAAUGCUAGUCCAAAUGUCUGUAAAGUGUAUGAAGGAUCAUUGCAAGAGUAACCUUGCUUAACUUUGUUUGUUCAUUGAGUAAGGUUUGUGUUUCAGUGGUAUUUAACUCAAAUCCUACUGAAUUUAUGAAAUGGAUUUACCAAACGGUAACUUUGAUUUGUUCUUUUUUAACUUUUAAGAGUUUGCUAUAUGUAAAAUGAAAAACUGAACAGAAACAGAACUGAUUGUGAAUGUAUACUGGGCGUAAUGAAGGUCCAUCAGUCCUUUCAGGCACUGAGAGUACAGACCCCUGUGUUUCUGCAUCACUCUGCAUAUAUGUGUAUGCUUGUCUAGCUCAGUAUUUGUGGCAUAGGCAAAUUUUUGUCACUGCUAGUAUACAAAAAUAUUUAGAAGAUGAACAAAUUAAAAUAUCACUGUACAUACAGGCUCAUUACCAUAACGAUGUAGAGUUUGAUUGCAUAAAACUUUGAUAAAUUUGCUUUAUCUGGAUAACUCAUUUUUCACAUCAUUCUGUCUCUGAAUUAAUGGUGCCUUUUACUUUGUCAGGGCUCAAAUAAUUUGAAUUGUCACAUAUCCCAUAAAGGGUCAGAUAGUGUGUUUCUUAAGUGCAUUGUAACUACUUUAUUAUUUUGAUCUUUGUUUUAUAUUUUAUUUAGGUUAUUUAUAGCUCGACCAAGUUUAAAUCCGUCCAUAUUAUAUUUAUAUAUUUCAUGUAUAAUAAAUACAUAUCAUUGAUAUAAUAUGUGCAUAUCAAAGUACAUGUAUAUUUAAAUGUUAUUGUACUUUAUGUUUAAUGAAUUUAUUGCACUGAAAGUCUAUUUAAAUCUGCAACUUUUUUUCAAUCCUUUGUGUAAUUUUUAUGGUUUUGAACACGAUAGUUAAGUGUAACAUAAUGCACUUAAAGAAAAGUUCCGACCAUGUUUCAAUCCACCUUUGAUAAAGUCCGAGGUACAAAUGUCUUUGCUUCAAUUAUAAGGCUAAAAUUAAUUUACUCGUGCUUAGAAUUAUUAUUAAAACUGUCAGCUUACUGUUAUCAGUCUCUACAGAGGAAAGAUAAACACACUGUUCAUUAUGCUUUUGAGAAAAAUAAUUUGAAUUUUUUAAAAACAGGGACUAGGUGUUUAGGACCAUUUCUUACCUUUUCAUAGUGACAAUAUUUAAUGUAUUUAUUUAUUGGAGAAGUGUUAGAGAUUGUGUUUAAAAUUCAUGACGUAGAAAUUAUGAAUUUUGUAUGCUCUUUUUUUUUUCUUUGACUUGAUAUGAAAAAUAAUUGUUACUUUAUGCUAUUUAUUUCUAAUAAAUGAUACUGAACUG